CAGUAAUGUUUGAUUAAUGCUUCUGGUCUCGAUCAAAUAAUCAAACAGCGACAGUCUGCGCGGGAAACACAACAGCAGGAAGACUAAGGAUGAGGGAAAAUGUGACAUCGCUAUAAUCCUGACCGCUAAAUAAUCCCAUAAUGGCACGAAGACGCAGUGACAAUGUGGAACGUUCAAUGACAGAGUUGGAGAUCCAGAUGAGGCGAGGAACUCCAGAGAAAUGUAUCCUGCUCUCCCACAGCGCCCCGUCAGUGCAAAUGUUCUACGCACUUAGAAUGAGACUUGAAUCAAGCAGCGAGGUUUGGUUACAAGAGUUUCUGGAUCUGGAUGGCCUUCAAAGUCUACUGGCCUCCCUCUGUCAAAUGACCGGCCGGGGUUUCACAAGUUUCUCCGAUGCCAUCUUUCAGUUGGACUGCAUAUCGUGCAUCCGAAACAUUCUGAACACCCAUGUAGGACUUGAUUUCAUGGUCAGAAACGACGGGUAUACCUCAAAGCUAGCUCUGGCUUUGAGCAUCAGCAACACAUUACCUAAGAAGCAGAUUCUAGAGAUGAUGUCAGCUGUUUGUGCCUACAGUAACCUAGGUUACCAGGCAGUCCUCACCGCACUCAACACCUUCAAGAAAGAAAUGGACCAGACUCAUCGCUUCAGCAUUAUCAUCAAUGAGCUCAAGUCGGCGGAAACCGUGUCCUACAAGACGGCCAUACUGACCUUCAUCAACAGUGUUAUCAACUGUACUGCAGAUGUGGUGGAACGUAACCGUCUCAGGAAUGAAUUCAAUGGACUGAACUUGCUUGACAUACUAUCAUUUCUGAGGAAAGAGGAGGGUGAUGAUGCCCUUCACCUACAACUUCAGGUAUUUCAUGAGAAGAAGCAUGCUGAUGAAGAAGUGCUGUACCAGGACCACUUUGUGGACUUUAACAGUCCCGAGGACCUCGUGGAUCUCAUACAGAGCAAGAUAUUUGGAACUCCAAAGAUGGUCUCUUUUGUGAACAUCCUGCAAGAUCUAUUGGCGAUAGACAGCGUCUACAACAAAAACAGCACAAAGCUUUGGAAAAACAUUGACAACCUGGUUCACCAAGCCAUUCAUACCUGUGGUUACGACGAAGUUAUGUCUUCCUCCAAGAAUGACAAGCUGACCCUUGACCUUUUACCCGAUGACUGUGACCUUGGCCUUCAGUACAUAACCAACUACCAGCUGCAGUCAGAUUUUGUGCCAAAGAUGAUGGUCGGGUCAAUGACAAAGUCGACUGACAUCAAGGGUAUGUCACAGUUGAAUUCGUCCAGUCCGCUGUCGAUGAACCGGGACCACAAAUGUGAAAAUGAUACUGGGGUUGAGUUGACCAACAGCAGCGAUGAAAGGUCAAAGGUUGCCUACAGAACUAGUAUGCUGGAGUCAAUGGACCGUAGCCAUUACGAUAACGUUUUUAUUACGGAAAAGGAGUUGAGCAUUGUUGCUGACACGCCUACAAACAAGUCCGCACUACAGCGCAGGUACCAGAUCAAGAAGGUUCCCACUCCUCAGCCACGCAAGACAUUAAAACACCUCUCCUGGCUCAAACUGGAGGACAGUACUGUUGACCUACAUAAGGACAGUGUCUGGAUGGUGUCUGGAGGGAACCAGCGUGUGUCACCAGACUUUGAUGAUUUGGAGCGACUCUUCCAGGUGCAGGAACGACACAAUGAAGACAUGAAUGAGGUGAUCAUACUGAGCCCACAGACACGUAGAAACCUAAACUUGUUCCUGGGUCGGAUGGAGAUCAGUGCUGAGGAGCUGAUACAGAGUCUGGAGUUGGGAAACUCUGUGGUCGUCAAUGUGCCAACCCUUCGAUACCUUCUCCAAGUGCUGCCUCAACCCCAGGAGAUCACCACACUACAGUGCUUUGGCGGUCAGAGACACGAGCUCGGAAUGCCAGAACAGUUUGUGCUUCUCCUGGCUGACAUCCCUGACUACGAAAUCCUCAUUCAGGGUCACCUGACCAAGGCAGAGUACACUUCAAGCCUCCAGAAACUGAAGAGCUCGCUAAAUGUGAUGAUAAUGAUGUGCAAAAAGAUCAUGCAGAAUAAUGAACUUAAAGAAUUUUUACACUUUGUCCUGCUGAUCGGUAACUUUCUAAAUCAUGGAUGUCUGCAUGGAGAUGCUAUGGGAUUUAAGAUGUCGAGUCUGGAGCGCCUCCUGGAUGUAAAGUCUGCCCUGCCCAACCGGUCACUGCUCCACCACAUUAUCAAGAUGGCCGAGGAGAAGGACAAAGUCAUGCUGAAGUUCAUUGAUGACCUGCUCCCUCUAGAAAAGGCAGUCAGUUCCUCGCUGUACGACAUGAAGGGGGAGAUCUCCAAGUUUAACAAACAGCUGUGUUCCUUUGUCCAACUUUUGGCGUCAGGUGACCAUCGGAUGAAGACCAGAUUCCACUCUUUCAUUGAGGAAGUGAAGGUGGAGCUACGGGACAUCCAGACAUCCACCAACACACUGCGGGAGUCCACACAGCAGUUGGCUGACUAUCUGUGUGAGGACCUCGGCCAGUUUGAGCUGGAGACCACUCUGAAGUGUCUACAUACAUUCUGUAAACAAGUCAGGAAAUGUCAGAAGGAAAAUGAAAGUUUUCAGAAGCAGACACAGUUGGCAAGAAAGAAAACGGACAUGAAAUGCUUGACAAAGAACAGAUUGCUCUCUUUGGAGUUUGGUAAAGAUGCAGGGGCAAGCUCCUCUAUGAUGGAGGACAGGAACAAAAUCCUGGAGAAGAUACUGGAUGACCUUCACCGUGGUAACUUCCGCCCAACUGUGACACUGGAGGUUCACACCCCCGACACGGACAUCGACCCACUGGAGUUCAGCGACAUCAGUUUUGUCGGCAGCCCCUUUCCUAUGCGGCCUACUUGUGAAGCCAUGGAGGAAGACUUCCUCACCCCGCCAAGCAAAACUGUUGGACCUCGCACAAGUUCAGAGGCUGACAUACUUGCAGAAGAAUCACAGCAGGAUAUUACAUUAGAGUUCUCUAAAGAUUACAUCGAAAACUAUGAUGAGGAACCCAAAAACUGGGUGGUAGCCAAAAGUCUAGUGGACAGUUUAGAACCCAUAUCAGACCGUCACCUGGACAUGGUGAAAAAACAGACCAAACACCAGGGACACAAUCGUAGUCGGAGUGACCUAGCUACUUCCAUUCUAACAACAGAAAAAUGGAUGAAGUAUGAGGAGAUACGACACCAGGAAUCCCUGCACGAAGACAUUGAAGCUCCUUUGGCCGAACCCGAGAGUAUGUGUGCUAUCUCAACGUUAAAUCUGGAAAAUCACGGACGAUUUGUCGACAGGGAUGAUGUGAAAUUAUUUGAGGAACAACAGAAGGAGAUGAAGGAGGAUAAUGUAUGUUCCGUAGAAGAGGGGCCAAUCUUGAAGUUGCCACUCUCUGAACUUUUACCAGACAUGAAAAGCCUUAUGGAUACUAAAGAGAUGUCGUGCAAAAGGCCAGAGAAAAGGUCGUCUGUUAGUAACUUUUUCAACAAAAUAUCGCGUGCAGUACUAAAACCAAAGAAUGUCUACAGUACUCCCGGAUCUGCUGUGUCCUCUAACACAAAGAGUCAGAAAGAUGGCUUCCGAAUGUUCGGGCGUAGGAAGACAACAUCGUCGUUAACAUCAGAUAACAAAGAGAACAUAAUUGUGGCCGAGCGCAUGUCCCAAAGAUUAUCCUCGGUCGAUAAAAAGUUUGCUGUACAAGAACUCCGAAAAAUUAAACACAACAAGCUGAGAGCCUCAAAAGGAAAAUAACUACCGUAGAUAUUUAACAAUUUUUGUCUUAUUACGCUUCUAAAAGAAGGGGAAGGAACUCCCCCAGGGAUGCAGGUUGUCAUGAAAUAGCUACCACAUUUGUGUUCAGAAUAAGAAUUAUACCUCGUGUGUUUGUGGAAUAUAACUUUGUUGCUCAAAUGUGCAAUUUUCAGUUUUUGGUUUGCAGUAUCAGAACUGUCUGGUACAUGCUUAUUAGAAUGUCUUCAGAUGCAAAUAUUUUCCAAAACAAUUUCUUUGCUAUAAGUAUAACUUCAAGCUGUGCUUGCAUGCAGGGAGAUAAAAGGGUACAGCUAGACGUAGUCGGAAUUUUGUAACUGGAGGCAUUUCUGAACCGAAAAAAUCCAACAAUAGUAUAUUUGCCUUAAGAAGGUGUACAUGUAGACAGUUUGGAUCACUGCAUUUUGUUUGCAAUUAAUAAGUGCUCAAUUUAUUUUCUUAAAUCUGAGAAUGUUUUUCGUGGUUUCAUGAAGCUUUUGCUCACUAGAAAUUUUAUUUGUGAGAAUGUGUUACAUUUGUACUUAUGUAAACCUGUUUAACCUGUCUUUUAUAGAUGAUUGUGUAUAAUUGUGUGUUUUGUGUAGCGGGGUAGAUGUAGUAGACAUAGGGCUUAAACGGCGUGGUUGAUUAUAUCAAAUACCGCUUGUGAUCAUCUAGUCAUUUUUUCUCAUAACAUUUGUUAAAAAUCUGUUCCUGCAAAAAAUAAUCACGGAUAAAUUAUUGGUUUAAGUUUAAUGUAAGGAGUUAUACUGUGAUAACUGUUUAGCAAUCAAAAGUUUUGUUUCAAUUUAUGCAUCUUACUAUGUGGACAACUUAACACAGAUUUUUGGAUUGUGGCGGAGUCGAUAUACAGUUAAAAUAUUAAAGCAUAAAUUGAUGUGGUUUUUUUUCCAAUCGUGUAGUACUUGUAAUAUGAAGAUGUUAAACAUUUUAAGAAAUUAUUUUAAAUUAACUUGAUAUGAAAUCAAAAGGAUUGUUUCCAAGUUGUGCAGUAUUUGCGUUUAUAUAGUUAUCGUCAGUGAAUAUGUACAUAAUUACGGUAAUGUUUGUUAGAAUACUGUAUACCGGGAAAGUUUCGCUGCAGUUUAAUUUUCGCCUUUUGCGAACAUUGUUAUAAAGUCAAAUUAUCAUUGCAGCGAAUUUUCUUAAUAAGCAUAUAUAAUAAACAUAGUUAUUAAAUUUGAAUGGCAAAAAAAACACUUUGCGAAAACUGAUUUCAUGAGCGAAAGGCGAAAGUUUUACUGGGUGAAAAUUUCCCGGUAUACAGUGGUUGUUUUUACAUGAUAGUCUUUCACACACUAGGUGCUUUCACUUACCUUUGUUAUCUGUAGAGUAGAGUUUGUACAAUAUGUGAUAAUAACCUGUCUUGUUCACAUCACAUUCCGAUCAUUCCAUUUUUUUUCAUAUUUUUUUUGCAUAUUUUGUAUUAAAAAACGAAAACUUGGCACACAUUUCCUAGCAAUGGCACAUAUUUCCUAGCUCUCUACCCCCAUCUUAGAAAAUAACUUGAUAUUGGUCAUGAAGCUAUUUGUAGAAAGUUUUUUUUGGCUUUUUUAUAUGUAAAGGAACUAUUAAUGAAAUGAAAGGUUUCUCUUUGUAAAAGUGUGAUAGGGUUUUAACAUUUU